AUGUUAGAGACACAGUUAGCUCAGGUGGCACAACAAGUCAAUACUCGUGCCCGAAAUCAGUUCCCAAGCCAACAGGAACCCAAAGGAAAGGAACCCGACUAUGCUAUUCCUGAUAAUGUGGUGAAUGAUAAUGUUGUUGUUGAUGAUACUGUUGUGAAUGAUAAUGAUGCCACCGAUACUGUGACCAAUGAGAAACAUGAUAAAUCAAAGUCUAAGACGACUGAUAUUCUACUUAAGCACGUGCCUUUUCCUCAUAAAUUGGCGCGAGUUAAGUUAGAAAACAAGUAUGGGGAAUUUCUGAAUUUGUUGAGAAAUGUGUCCAUUGAACUCCCGUUCUUGGAUGCAAUGUCUGAGAUACUUGUUUUUUCCAAAUUUCUUAAGACUCUAUGUUCUAAUGGGAAAAAUCUAUAUGAGAUUAUUCAAGUCUCUAAGGAGGUGAAUGUUUAUGCUUUCAUGAUUGGAAACCUACCUCCUAAGCUAGCUGACCCCGGUAGUUUUAGUAUUCCCGUUAUUGUUGGGAAUAUAGCUGUGGAUCGAGCUUUAUGUGACCUAGGUGCUAGUGUUAGAAUAAUUCCUUAUUUAAUGUAUAAAAGACUCUGUAAUGUGAAUGAACUGACCCCUACUAAGAUGACACUAUAG